AUGGCCGUGCGUUACUUCGACUUGAACGAGAUUCUCGACGAGGAGCAACAGAGCCCACGGUACGAGGAGGAUCCGUGCUACCCUCGAACCUGCUCGGCCAACGAAUACUGCUGCCCUGGAUUCAUCUGCAUAGCCGUAGACGGUGUUAAAGGCCUGUGCAUGCCAAUGUACGGGCGGAAGUAUGGCGAACUGUGCCGGCACGACUCUGACUGCGAAUCCGGGCUUAUCUGCGACAUUUCCGCCCUGAGCGGUGCCAGCGUCUGCCGACCACCGACAAUCGUGGCCAAGCAGUACGGUGAAGAUUGCAUCUCCUCCAGUGAUUGUGAUAUAACACGUGGUCUCUGCUGCCAGGUGCAGAGAAGACAUCGACAAGUGCCCCGUAAGGUUUGCUCCUACUUCAAGGAUCCUCUACUCUGCAUCGGGACGGUCGCCGCCGACCAGGUUAAGCAUCAGAUUGAACACACCGCCGGGGAGAAGCGUAUCAUCUACAAUAAGCACUAAGCGCCUGAUGUCCACCGAUACGCAAACAGAUCAACAGGCGUUAUCAUUAGUUCUCACAUUAUGAUCCCAGCAUAAGUUUUCUCUCUUGUGAUGAGUAUGUAAAAAGAUUACCGCUUGGUUAGAGAAAUCUUCACCAGUUAAGAGGUACGAAAAUUGAAACGGAACAUGCUUCAUUUAAAGCUGACAGUGCACACAGUUCUAUAGCACGGAAUCAAAACCCGGAACACUACCAGAUACUAUAUAUUGAAACCUAUAGAAAGACUCUGAACUGACGAAUGUACGAAACAAAAUAGAACUACGGAAGCAGUAUACCUGCCGGUGCAUCCCGGAAAGGUAACGCGAAAACCAUGAUAAACCCACAACUAAUACAUAUCACUGAUUGUCCUUAGCUUACGGUUAAGCAUUUUAACACAAACGUUCAUGAAGAAACAUAACGAGAGUUUUAAAAACACACACGCACGAAGAUGAGACAAGUAUUACACCAACAUUAUUUUACUACCGUUUAAAAAUUGUUCAGCUAAAAUACCAUGGGGCGAUGCAGCAAAAUGCGCAUUCGCAAUAAAACGCUUUGAUUUCUGCCCGCUGAGAUCAUCGGAUCAAGCACAGUUAAGCCAAUCGAUACUUUCAGGCAGCUCGCAGAGAGACGGAUCGAAAC